AUGAGUGGAACAGAGAAAGGAGGAUCAGGAACCACAAAAACCCCUGCUGAUUUCCUCAAAUCCAUUCGGGGAAGGCCGGUUGUCGUCAAGCUCAAUUCCGGUGUUGAUUACCGAGGUAUACUUGCUUGUCUGGAUGGCUAUAUGAAUAUUGCAAUGGAGCAGACAGAGGAAUAUGUCAAUGGACAACUGAAGAAUAAGUAUGGUGACGCUUUCAUCCGAGGGAAUAAUGUUCUAUAUAUCAGUACCUCAAAGAGGACUCUAGCGGAGGGGGCGUAG